AAGAAAAAAGAAGGGUUUUCGUUUUUUAAAAAAAAAUACCAGGCUCAUUAGGAGAAUUUGAGGAAUAAGUAUUGGGUCCAGCAGAUGGCAGUAGUACAACAAUAAUAGAUGCAAGCUGCUGUUAAAAUUAAAGGAAGAAGAAGAAGAAGGAGAAGAAGAAGAAGAAGAAGAGAAGAGGAGGAAGAAAAGAAGAAGGAUGAGUUUCUCCAUCUUUGACUCUCCUUCUCCAUCUCCCAACACCAUCCCUGCCCCCUUCCCUUCUCACUCCUGUGUGACACACUGCCCUGAACUCGACCUGUCGGUCAGUCUUAGCCCAGCCCCAAACACUGACCAUAUGCAACAGAAGCCCUGUCAGCUAAAGCAGAGUCAACACAGUGACCAACCCCAACAAAGGCCCCACCCACGAGGACAGACUGAAAGGAAAAGGAACACAAAGGUGUGUUUUGAAGAACCAGAGGCUGUUAGACUAACACCUGAACGAUGCAUUGUUCCUCAUCAGCACCAUAUUAGAGGGCAGAGAGGAAGCUUACAACAUCGGCAUGUUGGAAGGUUUUCUAUGGAGCCUCCUGCUGCAGGACUUGUCUGGGACCCAGGCUGUCUUGACAACGCAAAGCUGAAUUCCACUCUGGCCCUGAAGGUGGAGCUUCUGUCACUUCAGGAGAUGGAGUUUAAUUCCAAGAAAGCCCUUCAGCAGACUCUGCUGAAAUCAAGAAGGACCAAGACUUUGAUUGAUGCCAGAGCAAUUGAAGUGGUGAAUGUCUCUCCCUCUCAACACCUCUUCAACUCUCUGGUGAGCGUCAGUGUGCAGGAGGAUGAGUUGCUAAGCCAGGUGCUGCAGGCCAAGCUAAUAUUGGCCCCACUGCCUUCCCACUACUAUAAGUCAGCAGAGAGUCCCUCCCUCAACUUCUUCAUCACCUCUGAGCUGUUCAGAAAGAAACCUGUCCAACAAGAAGAGGAGCCAGCCAAGUGUAAACCUUUCCCAAUGGCAUCCCCGGCCUACUCUACCUUUGACCUAUACAGGAGACAGAGAUGCUGGGAGGCCAUACCCUAACAUACACAUUAGAAAUUUUCAUUUAUAAAUGUAACCUAUAUCUAUUCUUUAUGUUGUCUCAUAAAGGGUUCUGGUUUUAUAUUCACUUAUUUAUUUAGCCUCAGGGGCAAUCAGUUUUGAUUUCAUUUGUUAUUAGAUGCUGUAAUUAUUCUUAAAAUUCUAUGUCGAAGGCUUUAAAAUUAGUUUUCUGAUUCCUCUGCGUAAAAAAGUCAUUAACAGCUGGUUUAACCAAUUGUGGUGCUUGUAAAUUCUUUUCAUGAUGUCUAUUUAAUUGUUUUUAGUGUUAAAUUUAUUAAAGAUAAAUUUUCAUAACUAG